UCCAACUUCUUUUGUCACUUCUAUUUUGUCACUUCCUCUGUUUUCCCAAUUAACAAUUCUACACCCAUUUAUGGAAAACAAAAAUCAACCCACUUCCUCCCUCUCGCCACCGUCACCGCCGUCACCGCCGCCGCUGCCGUCGUCCCCAUCUUUCACUGCUGAACUUUUCGGUGACGGUGACUCACAGUCGUCAUCCACCGGAAUUUUCACUUCAAUUUUCCCUCCGUUAACUGGACCGAUGCAAAAAGAGACUUUGCAGAGCCAGGUGCGGACUACAACCCAUGGAACUUCAGCUGAGAAUGUAGCCAAGAAUACUGCAAGUGCAAAUAGUAGUGUAACGAACAUGGAGAGGAGGUCAAUCUUUCAGGAGAGCGUUGAACCGUCUCCCCUAAGUUCAUCUUUAUUUUACGGUGGACAAGAAGAUAUGUAUGUUUGUUCUUCAAGUGACCCGACUUCACAGUCAUAUUCUAAAUUCAAGAAAGUGGACGGAAAAGAUGAUCCUAAUCAUAUGCACAGUGCCUCUAGAGGAAAUUGGUGGGAAGGGUCGCUUUAUUAUUAAGACAAUGCCCCUUUGUAGGCAAGAACGUGGAUUCUCCGGCUAUCAACUAUGGAAAUUCAUGGAGUCUUUAUAGAUAGACGUUCGAAGUUUUUGUUGAAACAUAUGAAAGAUGCCCCGGUAUUUACUUCUUUGCUUCUUCUUUUGUUCUCUCAAUGCAUAUCGACGUUUUUUUUGAGACUUUGGUAUGUGAUAUUCGAUGUAUAUAUAGAAAUAAAAGCUUUGUUCCUAGUAAAAAUGGUUACUUCUGUGCAUGAAAAUUAUACUGUUAUCUUGCCUUGUCUAUGCAUUAUGUAACAAGGUGACAUUUUGUACUAUUUAGGUUA